AUGGGUCUUUCACCUUACCCCACUCCAGUGGAUGCCGGAGUGCUAUGCUUAAUUCUGGCAAGCACAGCCAGAUCAGUCUCUACAGUGAUGAAAAUAGUGUGCUUUAUCCUCCGUGCUCUGGGUAUCGUUGUUUCUUGGGACGCAUAUAACACGGAGAGUCCUACAAAUUUGUCUGCAAGCCGUGACAGCUGCUUGGAGACCUCCAUUGAAGAAUUUCGUAGCCAGAUUCCUGCAAUUACUUAUGACUCACUGUGUUAUAAGCAGCUUGAGCAUGAAUGUACUGUGUGCUUGACUGAAUUCAAAGCAGAGGCAGUGAUAAACCACUUAUCUUGUGGCCAUGUAUUCCAUAAGAUUUGCCUAGAGAAGUGGUUAAACUAUAGAAAUCCAACCUGCCCGAAUUGCAGGAAGUACAUGGUUUGCUUAGAAGAUGUGAAAGAUACUUGCUCAAUGUGA